AUGAUAUUUUUAAACUCAACUUCAGAUCCCAACCCAAUCAAUCAAAGUCCACCCUCACAUCAGAAUGACUAUAUCCCACAAGUCACAAAAGAGCAAUUGUUGGCUAAAGCAAACAACAUCCUUUCAAGAUUAAGAGUACGCAUAAAGUGGUUACUCAAAAGAUCAAACCGACCGUACAACACAGAUGACUACUCAGCGUUCUUUUCCUGGUUAGUCGUGGGCAAUGUUUUCUUAUUUAUUGUUGCUACAACAACCUUUAUAUCGAUGGUCAUAUUCACCGCAAACACAGUGUUUGCCCAAGAGUUUGUCGCACGCAAAAUGGGCGAAUUUAUAACGCAAAAUUCCAAUAUGACAGUAACUUUUGAAAGCGCUAUUGUUCCCGGGUGGUCAGAUGGAAAAAUCAGCUUUAGGAAAUGUUUUGUUAGUAGAAGACCAAAAAAGAUUGUCAAGUUCAUUAAAGGGUCACAGCAAGAGGCAUACGAAAAAAGUUUGGAAUCACACUUGUGUGCCGAUGGACUGGAAGCCGAUGAGGAAAAGGAUUUAUUUGAGGAUGACGGAAACUAUACGCAGUUUGAUUUGACUAUAGAAGAAGUCAACAUUUCCUUCUCGUUCAGAAAAUGGCUAAACGGCUCGGGCUUGAUCGACACCAUGGAAAUUAAAGGAUUGAGAGGUGUUGUAGAUCGAACACAUGUGCAUUGGGAUCCCGAUGACGAUGCUCGAAACUACAAGAAUGUAUACAAGACUGGUGAUUUCGAGAUUGAAAACUUCAAGAUGGAAGAUGUUCUUUUUGAAUUAAAACAACCAAACGAUUUUAGACCAUUCGACGUGGCAAUUUAUAAUUGCGAGUUAUCAAGGUUGAGGAAACAUUACUUGUUUUACGAUUUCAUAAAUGCAAAUUUGAUGAGCGGUUCAUACGACAAUUCACUCUUCACAAUACACAAGAAACAAAAACUUACAGAUUUUGCACACGAUCAAAACAAAAAUGAGCCUGGCACCAAAGAAAGCCAAUGGAAACGGAUAACGUGUCUCCGAGUUGAUGGCUUGAACAUUGACCACUUGAACACCGGGUUGGAGGGACCCUUGGGUUGGAUCACUAGUGGAAAAGUCGAUAUGGUUGGUGAAAUCAUGGUACCUCAGGAACAAGAUGAAAUUAGUGUUGCAGAGAUAGUCAACCUCAUAGCCGAUUCUAUUAAAAAAGAGGCCACCAGAUACAAGAACCCCGAGGUGCACUCGAAGCAUCCAGAUUUGCAUACAAGAUUAACAAGUGCUGAUUACAAGGAUGUGUCCAAGUACUUUGUGUUGGAUUUAAACAUUAGAUUAAACAAUGUUAGAGCCUCAGUGCCCUUUAAAGCACCAGAAUUGUCAUACGUUAACUAUGCGUUAAUACGCCCCAUCGUGGCAUACAUCAAUUCUAAAAACACAUUUAUCGAGAUACAUAACCGCGUCGUAAAGAAUAUUCUGGACUUUGAUGGUUCGUGGACAGUUUAUGACUCGUUGCUUAUGGAUGAUAUCUCGGAAGAAGUCUAUGACAAUUUUGCAGAGUACGUUGCCGACGAAGAAGCACGAUUGAUGCGUGUGCGCAGGGUUGGUUUCUGGUCCCUUCAAUUGCUAGUACAAGCCAUCCUUUUCGGUUUGGGUACCCUUGCUUAA